AUGACUGCUCUACUCGCUGACGAAGCACUAGACCUAGGACAAAGGUGGAGAGACCAGGGCGGCAAAGAAAUCACAUACGACGCCAUUGUGGAUAUGUUUGGAAUCGCAUGGGAAGGAGAAUCGAAGACGGCGAGGCUGCAUAUACCACAACAUAUCCAGCACGCGGCACUAAGUUCCUUCUACCCGUUCAGAGAACUUCUUGAAAGAGCUGCACCAGCACUUGGUCGGGUGGCAAUCGAUCAUCCUGACGAGUUCGAGCUGCUUUGCAUGACGCGGUUCCAGGAGGUUUUUGACGAGGAGAAACGUCCGAGCGACGUACUCUCCGAAUUUUUCGCAGAUACAUCUUUUGGGCGCACAAAGGUGAAGUUCGCGAAGAUCACAUAUGAAAUGCCGCAAGUAACAUCGAAGGGAAAGAAGCAGUCGUCGUUAACCGAAGCCACCGCGCAUCCGGGAGAUUUGAAGGCGUUGCUGAUGGAGAUCCACGGCCUUGCGCUCGAAAACGGACAAUUGAGCCUGAAGCCGCUUCCGAAGUCAUCUUCGCCCGACAUCCUGCUGAUGACGAUGUCGUCAGGUACCAUGGUAACAGUUGGACUCGCCGUUAAAAACUAUGCCAAGUCCAGCAAGGUCGGGGGGGAAACCAUACGUGAGGAGUGCAAGAAGUUUAGCAAGGUGUGCCUGCAGUUGCCCAAGUCCUCGCUUCCCCGACUGAACGUUCUCAUUUUGUGUGCAACGGCCUACACCUUCCACAAUGAAACGUUUCAAGGCGCCAAAUUUGCCGUAUAUUCGACUGAAGACUCGAAGGACGACCGCGCGGGCAUCGAUGAGGUUAUUCUGCUGGAUUUAUCUACGCGAGGUAAUCGUGGCGAGUUUUUCGGGAUUGCCGGUAUCGACGAGCUAGAAAGGACGCUAGAGGCAGUUGUUGUUGCGAAACCCUCAGUGGACGUUGUCCAGACUGCAAACCAAUAG